GGGUUCCAGGGAUAAGUAGGAACCAUCUAGAAUUUACUGCCCUUCCCUGACACCACAGUUGUCAGCUAUUCCAAGAAUUAGGCAAAUUGAUAACCAAAGACCACCAUUUUGUAUAAGCAGGGUUGUGGGCUCUUCCCGAGGAAAUUCAUAUCCAGAAAGCUUACGGAAAGGAAGACUGGAAGAAUGGAAAGUCCUGAGAAUCAGCGUAAAACUCUGGCCCUCAGGAGACAGUUACACCCCCAAAGUAUGCUAGGAUUCUAGGUUCAACCCCAAGAUUGUUCAUUCAUCCAAAAAGGACCAGGAAGUCACACCAGUGGACGGAGAAAGACCAUGGACAGAGCAAGACCAUGGACAGACCGGCGGGGUGCAUCAAGUUAAAAAAUAAAAUAUAAAAGGCUAAUAAGAAGAAGCCCAGGGAAGCUGCAGAAUGGCGAGGAAAGGCAGAGCCGCCGAGGAGGAGUGAGACUGGAGGAAAGAGUCAGGAGGGAGGGGAGAGCGAGGAGAGCUGAGCACGGACGUCAGGAACAAAAGCUCCGGCAGAGUCUGGCGGAGGCACCGAGGGAGCACGGGGUGUUUUGAAUAAUUAUUAAAAUUAGCAUGUGUCUGCGCCAUCCUGUGGGUGUGGCGCAGAGCCGAGUGUAAACUCUAGCGGGGCUCAGAGCAAACAUUGGAUUCGCGGUAGCAGCCAGCCAGCCUGCCCGAGGAGUGCGGGGACCAGCUCGCGGCGGCACGUCGACCAGCACGAUGGCCUCGUCUCAGGGGAAAAACGAGCUGAAAUUCGCCGACUGGAUGGCAACUCUGCCGGAGAGCAUCCACAGCAUCCCCCUCACCAAUUUAGCCAUCCCAGGGUCCCACGAUUCCUUCAGCUUCUACAUUGAUGAAGCCUCUCCAGUAGGCCCCGAACAGCCAGAAACUGUCCAGAAUUUUGUCUCUGUGUUUGGAACUGUAGCCAAGAAGCUGAUGCGGAAAUGGCUAGCCACUCAGACAAUGAAUUUCACGGGUCAGCUAGGAGCCGGAAUCCGUUAUUUUGAUCUUCGAAUUUCCACCAAGCCCAGAGACCCCGAUAACGAACUCUACUUCGCUCAUGGUUUGUUCAGUGCCAAAGUCAACGAGGGCCUUGAAGAGAUCAAUGCGUUCCUCACGGAUCACCAUAAGGAGGUGGUAUUCUUGGACUUCAACCAUUUUUAUGGGAUGCAGAAAUAUCACCAUGAAAAACUGGUCCAAAUGCUGAAAGAUAUCUAUGGAAACAAAAUGUGCCCAGCCAUUUUUGCCCAGGAAGUUAGUUUAAAGUACCUGUGGGAGAAGGACUACCAAGUGCUGGUCUUCUACCACAGUCCAGUGGCUCUGGAAGUGCCCUUUCUCUGGCCUGGGCAGAUGAUGCCAGCACCCUGGGCCAAUACCACAGACCCUGAAAAACUGAUCCAGUUUCUUCAGGCGUCCAUCACCGAGAGAAGAAAGAAGGGCUCGUUUUUUAUUUCUCAGGUGGUGCUAACCCCCAAAGCUAGCACUGUGGUCAAAGGUGUGGCAAGUGGCCUCAGAGAGACAAUCACAGAGAGAGCUCUUCCUGCCAUGAUGCAAUGGGUCCGCACGCAGAAGCCAGGAGAGAGUGGCAUCAAUAUUGUCACUGCCGAUUUUGUAGAACUUGGUGAUUUUAUCAGCACUGUCAUAAAGCUCAACUAUAUCUUUGAUGAAGGUGAAGCCAACACUUGAUAGUCCUAAUUGGAGUGGUCAUGAAUAAGAUAGAGAAGACUCAUUGUAUUAGGUGUAUUAUCUGUAAACACUCUGAUUUUCCUUUUCCACUGAGUCUUGGAAAGGAUUAGGGCUUGUAGUGGGUGGGGAAAAGGGGAAAUCAUUUUCUUCAGUGAUUAUGUCACAAUCUACUAUAAAUAUUUCAUUUCCUAUUUGAUGAGCGAAAUCUACUUCUAGUGUUAGGGAUAAAAAAGUAUAGUGAAUUUUGUUUUUUGAAAUUAGUCUUUUAACGUACAACUCAUGAGUGGUUACUUGAUUGCAUUUUAUAAUUUCAACCUAGGGCUCCUUUACUGUCUAAACUCUCUAACCUUUCCACUCCCUCUGUUGCUCGCUCUUUCUAAUCAGAUGCUGUAUGGUACUCAAAACAAUUGAAUGUCCAACAUAAUGUGUAUUACCUUGUUGUACUGAAAUUUAUUUGUUUUGUGGGAUUUGAUAUAAUAUUCUGUAGUCGUCUGCAAUUGGGCAAUCAUAGCCAACUUUUGGUCAUAGAAAAUGUGCAUCCAAUCAGUUUCCCUGCAUCAGUGAUAUUGGAGGCCAUAAUCAGUGAUAUUUGUGUUAUAUAAAAACAAUUGUGUGUCACAGUAUUUCCAUUUAAGGCAGCUAUAACUAUAGUGUAAAAAUUUUUUUUUGAUAGGACUGAGUGCCAACUCCCUAGUAAAAAAUGAGGAGUGAGGUAUGUGGGGGGAGAUGGAUGUCACUUUAGUUCAGCAACCCCUAGAAGUAAUAAUACUCUGCAAAUACCCAGUAAAUGAUGUUAUAGCAAAUGCAUUAAAAUCAGAAAUCUGGAUUCCUCCAAUAACUUUCUUAACAAUUUUGAUUUAAAUAAAAGGAAGAACAAAGAAAGAUGAAAGUCAGGAUUUCCAAAUAUGUUCUAAAUCCCAGGUUUUCAGGAACAUUUCUCAAGAAGUUUCCAUUGACAGGAAGAAAGGAGAAAGAAAGAAUAGUGGAUGGAGUGUUUUAGAGCAAUGUCUUCGAAACUAUGUCCACCAAACCACAAUGAUCCAUAAAAUAUCUCUAGGAAAUUCUUGAAAUACGUGUGAUCUGGACAGACUUGUUUCAAAUUGGCAGUCACUAAUCCCUUCUGGGAUCUAUCCUAUUCUAGAGGUUAGAUGAAGGCAGGGGGCAAAAGUGUCAUUCAAAGAUUCUGUGAUCUGACUUUUGAUAAUUCAAGCCCUUAGGAAAGCACAGUGAUAACACAGUUUGAGCCCUGCCUCCUUUUGGUGUCUUUACAACAGUUGACAAUUCCAAAAAUUAGUUUUCAAAAGCACAAGGCCCCCUGACCUGUAUGCAUCACAGGAAUAUUGUGAGGCAUUUAUACAAAUCUAUAAAAUUUGUUGAAAUCCUUACAAUUUUGAAGUAUUUUUAUCUUUUCAUAUUUAGAAAUAAUCGCACCUCCACAUUUUUCUGGGACAGUGCAAUUCCAUGCAAAUUGAGACUAUGGAGAAAUAAGAAGCAUGCCCUCAGCUUUUAAUUAAUCCAAGUGCAAGAUGUAUAACUUAAUAUCUUAGACUUAGGUAAGGGAGUUGAUUACAUAUGUCAAGAUUAUGGAUAAUCAAGAGUUGAUUAUGAAUAUUCAUUGUCAGAAAACAGUACUUAAUAGUAACUGCAGAGAGGGAAUAAAAGAUUUUUUAUACUGAACAGAAUGUUCAUGAAAAAUGUAGUACCUGUUUAGACCAAGUAGCACACGUAUACAUUUUAUAAGCAACAGAUACAUUUGGACAUUCCAGUUGAGUGUAUAUUCUUUGUCAUACACAAUAUACCUACACAUACUCACUCCUAUGCAAGUAGUAGAUACAAAUAUACACAAACACACACAAAAAAUAGACAGAUACAGUAUAAUUCUUUUCAAGUGAAAACACCAUUAUUAAAUAAUUUAAUUUUAACACUUAGUCUCUUAACAAUGUAAAAAAAGGAUGGACACAACCUUUGAAAAUUGAGUAGCUGAUCAUAUUAAAAUAGUUUUGUAAAAAUAUUAUAGUUUAGAACUCAAAUAUUUACAAAAUAUAGUUCUUUUCUUCCAUUUUCUCUUCCAUUACGGUUUUUUUUUUCCCUUUUCACCUGCUCUUUAUGUGCAACCGAACAUGAAUUCUUUUUAAAAGGCUAUGGGCUAUUGAAGUUUAUGUCCUGUAAAUUUGCUUUUUGAACAGAAUUCUUUUGCUGGUUCUUCAUCAUUCAUCACUCCAGAUAUUUCAGCAAUUACACUUGUUAUGACACAGGAUUUAACUUAUAAAUAUGACAGAAAACAGGUCUUUCAGCCUAUUAACGAAAAUGAAUAAAAUAUAGAGGUAACUAUAUUGUAUUUUCUUGAAAUUAAAUGCUUUCCUAUAAUGUUUGCUUAGAAUUAACUUUGUUAUAUUUGUCAUUUGGGUGCUGGAAAUAACAAACUUGAGGAAGCAUUCGACAGUGCAGUUUGUAAACUGAGGAAAGCUUCUGAUUGCCAUUAGCGAUAUGCACACAAAGACCUUGUUAGACAAAAGGUACUUUCAGUCUAAUGUUCUGAUUUCCACAUGGACAUACAGUGCCACCUCUGUAGCAGGCACUAAGAGUAAAUAGACUUGCCUUAAUUCUAAAGGAGGGUAGAGAUAGUAAAGAACCCUGAGAGAAUUCACCAGGGAUUCCUUGGAGAGGGGAUGGCAAGGAGGUGCCUUUGGCUGUGUCUGUUCGUUGGUCCUGCCCUGGAGGACACUUAGGAAGCAGGCUGUGGGUCUUACAUGGAGAACCGGGGAUGCAUUCCAAGUUUACCCUCCGCCUAUGCUCCUUUGUCUCAGCUGGGCAUUGUGUUUUCAGAGAGGUAGGAGCACAAGGGCUACAAAGAGGCUCCAAGAUGUAGUAAACACAUCUUGGUGCAUUUUUUGCUUUGCUUCUUAAGACUUUAUGUCACAAGUACUACAAGGCAAAAAACUAAAAUAAAAUCCAAUUUUUACCCAGUCUUCAUCAGGAAAUCAAAGGAGUGGGUGAAGUGAGGGGAAAUAAGCAAAGGAUAUCAUUUAUACAUUUGCCUUCCUGUCAGCAGUUUUGGAGCACCAAUAUGGUGAAUACUUCUCCUGCCAUAAUCAUUUAUGUUUCCUUUAUUAGUACAUAGUCAUGUGAACAUAAGGAAUGAGGAAGCAUCCUUUAAAAGCCUUAGGAUUUUCUAUAUGAUGACCUCAAUAUUCACUUUCAGCCAUACUGGGAAAACUCACUUUUCAUGGAGCGCCACCUAACAGUGAAUGUACUAGAAUAUAAAGUGUUUGGCAUGAUGCACCUGUGUGUAUGUAUACACACACACAUAAACACACACACACACACACACUCAAGUAGGAACUGCAUCUAAUUAUCCAACCUGGUUCUUUUGCAAUUUUGAUUCUUAAAAUCAAUCAUCUCCUAGGUUAGUAGGCAUAAACAUAGCUCAAGUAUUUAAAUAUUUAAGGGGAGAAAAAUUAUUUGAAAACCAGUGAAAAGUGAGACCAUCAGAAAUAGGACACACGUGGCACUACAUUGUCUAUGACACUUGAAGCUAGAGAAUCUAAGCUGGACAGUGGACUUUGAAUAUGCAUUACACACACAUAUACAUCUUCACUUAAAGGUGUCAAAAGUCCUUUGAGGUUCUGACAUGUUUUAGUAAAGCAAGGUUACAUGUUGUUCUCCCCUUUUAGGAUUCCAGACUAGAAAAUUGGAAGUCUCAGGAAAUGCAUGUUUUCAUGAGUUUUUCAAUUCUAUAGUUUUACAAAUAUUCAGUGACACAAUCUUUUAACCUUUGAUUGCACAACUAAACAGGAGCUCCGUAGAAAGAGUGUUCACCUUUUGAAUUGCUAGGAGAAAAUAAUGCAGUGCACCUCAGGCUAUGCUAAAUACAAUUUUUAAAGUGUUUUAUUUUGCAGCACUUUGUUUUUUCAACUAGGUUCAGUAACACCAUGGUGUAAAUGCUAUAUUUGCCAUAACUUAUUGGUGGCUCCUGUGUUCCAUGUGGUUUCAAAUAAUGCUCCAAAUUGUUUGUUUUCCCAAUGACAGUGAUAAAAUGUUCUGUAGAAUUUGUAAAAGGUGUUGACUGAAUCUGUUAAAACUUGUGUAAUUUUUAUUUCACUUGUGAUACUAUUUUAUAGUUAUUAGUUCUAAAUGUAUAUUUGUAUGAGUCAAAACUAUGUGCUUGUCAGUGGUAUGUGUAAAUAUAUUGUACCUUACUAAAUAUCAAACUUAUCCUAAAGAAAAAGGGCACAUUAUGACCAGCCUUAAUUUGUCACCAUUUUUUUUUUGGUUGUCAUUGCUGCAAUUUGGAUUUAAACCUUAAACAGAAAUUAUGUUUUUGUUAAAGAUGACUUUUUUAAAAAAAAAAUCUUAUGUGGUAUGUGCUUUAGAAGUUUUCUGAGUUCCCACAAGCAAACCGUCCAGUUUGCAAAGCACCUAUGUUUUUCAAAACGACCAUGCAUUGAUUAAUUCACUAAAUUCAUCAUCAUACAAAUAGACUAAAUUCACUUUUUGCUUCCAUCAGAACCAGUGCAUUGCUAAAGUUCUUCUCCCCAACAUGGAACUCUGUAAAAAGAUUUUUGCUUUAAUGAUAACCUUUCCAUUACAAAUAGUUUUUCUCUAGACCAUUAUUUUUGAAAACUGGAUCUUCUGAAGGAAAAUGCACCACCUUGGCUCUUUGAAAGUUGCUGAAGCUCCAUCAACAUGAUGUGGUUCCAACAUGGUUCUCUUUUCAAAAAAUAAGCAUGCAACACUCACACUAUUCCCGUCUGCCCUGUGUGCAUCCCACCGGUAGAAAGCUCAUGAUUUUAAGAAUCUAUCCUGGCAGUUAUGCUCGAAGCAAAAAUCUUACAAUCUUCUUUAGACUGGGAUCUGGAUAUGAAAUAUUAAUUAAACUUUUUAUUUCCUCCACCUCCAAGAAUUUGUUUUUAAUAUUUAGUGUUGCCAAAUAAAAUACAGGACAUUGGUGACAUUCUAAUUUUGGAUAAAUAAUUAUUUUAGAGUAUUUCUUAUAUAUUUCAUCAAAUAUACUAAAAACUACUUAUAUGAAAUUCAAAUUAAAAUGGAUAUAUUCUGUAUUUUUUCCUAAAUCUGGCACCCUGUCCGCACUGCCUCUCUAUCUUUUCCAGUGGGCUACCCAUGAAGAGUGAGAUCUACCUCCCUCUGUGUCAUGAUGUUAAGACACUUUGUGCAAAUCUGCUGUUGGUGUACCCUUCUUGAAGGAAAAUAUUGGUCCACACCAGGUCCCGGAAAUGUUUUAUGAAGGACCAAUUCAAAAAUAGAAGGGAAUAGCUGGACCUGCUGGCACAACCCAUAAUCCCAGCUACUCAGGAGACUAAGGCAGGAGUAUCACAAGUUCAAAGCCAACUUCAGCAGUUUAGUGAGGCCCUGAGCAACAUAGUGAGACGCUAUGUCUCAAAAAAAAAAAAAAAAAGAAGGGAAUAAUCAAGCAAUUAUCUUCAUUAGAUUAGUGCUAUAGCAUUCAAAAUUUCCCUUCACUAGCCUGUUUUGAAGCACAUAGUCUCCCCAUUUAUUCCUUAAGAAACAUUACCCAGUAAUUGAGAAAAUGAAAAACAUACCCUUGUUAAAAAUGUUCUUGUAAAGUAGCAGCAGUACCUUCUCACUUAGUACCAGAACCACUUUUAAAAUUCAGUCUCUUUUUCUUUCGGAAAGGUGACAAGUUAAUCCAUUAUCCCCUCACUCCCAUUAACACCAUUAUACCACAAAAUAUAAAAUUUGACGUAGGAAAGAACUCUUCACUUUGGAAAGAGAGGCGUCUGAGGUAUGACCCUGUCAAGUACUUCACUAAAACAGGUGGAGUUGGUCAGCUGUGCUGGGACAGAACACUAGCACCUGCCAGGGACAUUGGCUAGAGAAAAUUAUAAUGACCAGUCCAUUUUUAUAGGAAUUGAAAACCCAAGAAUCCCUGGAUUAUGAAUAACGAGAAGCAAAGACAGUCUCUAGAAGUUUUCAGAGAAUAGAACCAUGUUGGAAUUCCUGGAACAAAGCUUUCUAACACUGCUGUUUCCAACACUGAAUCCUUGAUAAAACUGAAGUCUUAGAACAGCAUUCCUUCAAAUGAUACAGGAAAACCUAAAUCCCUUAACAUUUCCAUCUCUUGAUUCCUGCCUCUACACAUUUGUGUUGAUUUGCUUCAUUCUGGAGGAUGAGAACUUUCAAAGCUGGUGACAUUUCCUUUAUCAGAUGCCAGAAAUUCACCAGAGUGAGACAGAUCUGUGCCUUCUCUUUUUAGGAUCUGGUCAUUGACACUUUAAUAAACGUGUUGUGAAAAAAAAAAUUAAUGCUUACAGUCUGUAUAGCAAAUGUGAAUUUUUUUGAUAUUAUUGUGUUCUUAAUGUAAAAACAGUUUCUUUGUACCCAGUGAAAUGCUAAUAAAGUCCUGGCACCAGUUAUCUUUA